CCAGUUUUUGGGGAGACCUGAGUGAGAGAGACUCAGAGAGAAUGGAGGUUUGAACUUUGAAGUGUUUCUGAGGUCGCCAUGGACGAAAGUCGAAUUGUUAGGUUUACUGGACAAUUGGACCCUCAGGCGGAGGAGUUCAAGCCGAGAAUCUCUUCCCCGCAGAACCAGGUUUCCUUCCUUCGACCGCCACAGAUGUACUAUCCUUUCUCCUCUUCUGCUUCAUACCCAUCCACUACAACUACUUCUGGUGGAGUUCCGAUGAUGCCCACCUUCUAUGGUGCGAGUAUGAACAUGGGUUAUCACCAGUCGCUGCACGCUUCAGCCCCUUAUGUUGGAGUUGGACCCACCAGAGGAAACCAGCCACCACUACCGCCGUUAACGCUGCCGCCGCCUUCACCGACGGCAACUAGAGUUUUGCUUCUAAGUUCUGUCUCCACGGACGUGAGUGAAACGACGGUUCGUAGAGAAUUGGAAGUGUUUGGGGAGGUUAGGUCGGUGCAGAUGGAGAGGUUGAAUGAAGGGGUUAUCACUGUUCAGUUCUAUGAUCUGAGGCACGCGCAAGCGGCGUUGGUGGAGAUAAGGGAGCAGCACAUGAAGCAGCAGAUUAGGUUGAGGCAACAUUACACCGCUCUCCAGAAACAGCAUAUUAAUUUCUCUUUUGGCUUAGAGAAUUUUGCUCCUCCGCUGCUUCCAUCGGCACCUGGGCUUAUUGCCGGCCGGCCAGUCUGGGCGCAGUUUACAGUACCUGGGAAAACCAUUGGCCAAGACGGGCAUAAUCAAGGAACACUUGUAGUCUUUAAUUUGGAUUUGGAGGUCUCUUCCAGCAAGCUUAAGGAAAUUUUUGAAGCUUUUGGUCCGGUUAAGGAACUGAGAGAGACUCCAUCAAAGCGUUACCAACGGUUCGUGGAGUUCUUUGAUAUCAGAGAUGCUGCUAGGGCUCUUUCCGAGAUGAAAGGAAAAGAAAUUCACGGGAAGCAUGUAAUAAUUGAGUUCAGUCGCCCUGGCGGCCAUGGCAGAAGGUACUUCAACUCCGACGCAAAUGCAUCUGCCCCUAAUUUAAAUCUCAGUAAUGGCGUUAAAAGCGGAAACAACUAUAAUAUGAAAUUUGCGAAACACCCAUCUCCAAAACCAACUCCAUCUCUACCUCCAAGGUUGUUGGGUCGCUCAUCCUCAGAUGCUAUUCCAUGCCAUAUUACUCAGACCAUAAAGAAAUCCAGUUAUAGGGAUACUGCUGGAAGCAAUAGGAAAUCAGACUAUGCAGGGAGGACGGAAGCCAAAGGUUCGCUUUCUCUGACAGUUGCUAGUAAUGGGGUUGUGGAUGAGCGGGACCACAGUGGGACAUGGAAGAACGGGAGGAAGAGUAACAGCCAUGGCAACUAUCUUUCGACGAGUACGAAGCAAAUGAGGAGCCGGUCAUGGAAGGGGAGACAUAAGAACACUGACGCUCAUUUCCUGAUCAGUGAAGAUGCCCUAGUGGAAUCUGAUAUUAGGGAUACAAGAACCACUGUCAUGAUCAAGAACAUACCCAACAAGUACAGUCAGAAGCUGCUAUUGAAUAUGCUGGACAACCACUGCAUACACUGCAAUGAACAGAUUGCCGACGGCGACGGUCAGCCCUUGUCUUCUUACGAUUUCGUCUAUCUCCCAAUCGAUUUCAACAACAAGUGCAAUGUGGGAUACGGGUUCGUGAACUUUACUUCUACUCAGGCAACAUUGAGGCUCUACAAAGCCUUUCAUAUGCAGCCAUGGGAGGUCUUCAACUCCAGAAAAAUAUGUCAAAUCACUUACGCCAGAUUACAGGGUUUGGAAGCAUUGAAGGAUCACUUUAAGAACUCACAAUUCCCGUGCGAGGUAGACGAGUACUUACCAGUGGUAUUUUCACCACCUCGAGAUGGGAAGCAGUUGACGGAACCUCUGGCCAUCGGCGGCUACUCCAAGCCCGUGAUAAUCAAAGGGGUUAACGGGAGGGUGAAAGCCAUCAAUGAUGGUGAUUGUGGUGGUGUAAAUGAGAUACAGGGUGAAGAUAGGGAACAACGCCAACUGUAGCAGUGUGGAUGACAUUGGAGAUGGAGAUGGAGAUGGAGAUGAUGAUGAUGACGACAAGGGUGAGAAUGACGAGCAUGGGUGUGAUGGACAACCUCGGCUUCCGCAUUUUCUCUGCAACUCCAACUCUAACAAAGCUACCUCUACUGUUGCAGCUGCUGCUGUGCCUGUGUAGCUUAUAUCGCCCAAUGGGUGCCUCUUGAGCUGGGAACCGGAUCGAACCUCGUCAGCACCGCAGGGCCGGCCUUGGUUUUUUGUAUAUGUUGUUUGUUCAGUUCAGCAGCCUCGUGCACUCAACUAUAACACUCUCUCUCUCUCCCUACCUCCCUCCCUUGUAAUUCAGAAAAGUUGGAAAAAAGAGAAUUAAUGCAAUUUGCAAAUAUGGAGAGGAUUUGACGGUAA